AAACUUGAUGAGCACAACUUGUUCUCGUCAACAAAUUUGGUAGUGCUCUCUGACCAUGGAUUAGCGCAAAUUGAAGAAGAAGAGCAAUUUUACUUGGAGGAAUGUUUAUCGGAUUACUCUAAGGUAAUCAAAGUUGUAAACCUUCACUCAAUGUUGAUGGUCUUCACUGAACCAGAAGAUGAAGGACAUGUGCACUUCGAAUUACGAGUAUGCGAUCAAUGGGCUCCUAUGGGUGACUACGAAGAUACAGACACGUUAUUAGUAAAAGCACAUAAGUUAUCGGAAAUUCCCGAGCGAUUACACUGGGCAAACUCAAGGUUCAUGAGUGGUGUGGUGUUGUUGACGAAGCCAGGAACUAGUAUCAUCACGAGAGAAUUACCUUCAAUACCUUCUGCAAGCGAUCAAUCGCGUGAGGCUAAGCAAACUGGAGGAUGGGAUCCUGACACUCCACAAAUGAGAGGCAUUUUCAUGGCCAGGGGUCCAGCUUUCAAAGUCAACGAAAAGGUCGGACCCAUUGAGAUAGUCGACAUCUAUCAGGUAAGUUGCUCAUGUCUGUGA